CAUCCGAGUGGAAUGAUUUUCCUUAUGGGGAUUUCGCCACAUAUUUUUCAUUUAUUUCAUGUCCAGUCGCGGAUGAAUUCACAUCGCUCGUUGUACAUCGUCGCUCCUUUCUCGCCGUGUGGAGUUUCAGUUAUCGUCGGGACUACCGUUUAAACCCGCGGGUUGAUAAGAGUGUUCGAAGCUUUUGCCGCCGCAGAAAGUCGAUAGAGCUGCGUUACGCGUAAUUAGUUUUGUAUUGAGCCGGGUUGAUUUACUGUCAACAAGCCAAACUAUCGCUCGAUCGAGUCUGAGUGCUGUGUGAUUAAAAGUAAUUGGCGGUGUCAAGUCAACGAUCGACCCUUAGCAGUGGAGCACGUGGGAUGGCAGAACUGUAACGAGUAGACGUGUUUGGAAAGUCGGUGUUUUCUGUUUUGGUUGUUGGUGAAUUAUGCAAGCUGGAGAAGGUUUCCGCUAGUCGGUCUGCUUGUAAAUAGUGAGAGCUCGAAACAAAAUACGGAAGAGCAGUGCCCCAAGCAGCUCGCGUUAUUUAAAAGUUGUGGAGAUAAACCACUAAAACCUUGUACCGCUUUCCUGGUCUGUUGAAGCACUUUUUUUUGACACCAAGUGAAUAAAUAUAAAAAUUGUUAUAUGAAACUACCGGGAGAACGCGUUGCCAGAGUAAUGAAUCUCGAGGAACCUACAUUCGCAGAUAAUUACAUACAGGAAUUCGUGCUGGAGCAUCUAGAAGAUACUAGUGUGAAGCGAGAGGAUAUAAGUCCAACGGUCGGAAAUGGGAAAAUUUGGGCCCCGGCAGGAGAUGAAAAUGGGUUCAUACCGAUACGACUGAAGGCCAACGGUUGGCAUGUUGAGGAACGGAAGGUGAACUCAAUCACACCCACAUCGGACUUCUAUCCGCAUCCUACACAUGGCCAACCAGUUUUGUUGAACCCACCCAUUGCGGGUGUACCGUCAACGCCGCCGGAGACACCUCCGGUAGUUGGUUCGCCAAAUCACCCCAAUUCUGGUUCCUACUCGUAUUAUAGCAAUCGGAUCCAGCCCGAUCAGAUGGAAAAUAUGAUGAUCGUUCCGCAGACCAUGCGAAUGGAGCAACCAUUAGAUCUACGACCAUCGCAUCAGUUUGCUAUUUCGGCAGAAGGUGAUUGGCUUGAUCGUAAAGAAUACAUGCAAUCCCAUGCUUCCAAUGGAUACUCUCACCAUCAUGGCCAGUUAGAUCACCUUAGUCCACUGCACGGUGGUUCACAUCAUCAUCUUAAUCUCCAUGGACAUUCCAAUCGUCCACAUUCGGUUAGUUCCGCUGGAUCUCUUGGAUCACCCAGAAUGGGCACCGGUGGUAGCAGUUGCUACCAAAGUAGCAACAGUAGCGACGACAUCAUCAAUGACGAUCUGCUGAUGUCGCUCUCGGUACGGGAACUCAACAAGCGCCUGCACGGUUGCCCACGUGAUCAGGUUGUUCGUCUAAAGCAGAAAAGGCGCACGCUGAAGAACCGUGGAUAUGCUCAAAACUGCCGCUCCAAGCGAUUACAGCAGCGCCAUGAUUUGGAAAUCACCAAUCGCCAGUUGCAGAGCGAGAUGCAUCAUAUGAAAAUGGAACUGGCAAUGAUCAAGCAGGAAAGAGAUGAGCUCAAGAGUAAACUUCGCGAUCGUGCUGGAGUAGUGCAACAGCAUCAACACAGCCAGCAGCCAGUUCCACACCAGCAGCAGUCCCAGUCGCGCCAAUCAAACGGGACGGCACCUUCUGCCAAACAUCCGCUCAUCAAUGAUAGUACCAGCUCUCCGGAAUAUUACGUAUGACGCCAGAUUGGAGGCCAACAACCGUGGAUCGGGCGUUAUGCUUCCUAAUGCUGCUAGUAGCAACUCCAACCGAUGGUAGUUCCAAACGAAGACGACAAGAACGCAUUUUCGGUGAAUUAAGAUGUAAAUAUAAGAAGAUAAAAAUGCAGCAAAGACUGGAUCUGUGCGGGGCGCAAUGUUAUUCCUAGAGACUACACGCGUAUUGAGGCGUUUCAAUGUACCUCUCUGGGUGAGGUGAGCAUGAGGCCGAUGCUAGUUAUACGAAGUUUGUAAUUUCACUCAAGGAUUAAUCGUGAAGGCUAACAGUUUAGAUUGUCGAAUUUUGGUUAAAGCAUGAAUUUGUUAAACUUUAAUUUUUUUUUUCAAGAAAGACUAUGCAAAGAGAUCUAUUAAAUA